UUCAUUACCAAUAUAAUGUUUUUGGUAUUACUUUCUACAACGGAAUCACCAAAUUGCAUAAUGAGAAAAAAAAACAAAUCACUUCUAAUUCCGUCGAAUGAAUUUGUAUCUUAAUCAAAAGAUUCGCCACAGUUUAAACAUGAAGUCUUUGACAAUACACCGAUAAGAGAAAAUUUUUCGGAAUAUUCCCACUCCCAUCUCCGAUUACUUCGCAGUUUCCGCAGAUUAACAAUGCUACAUCUUAAACCCUACAGAAAUGAGCAAACACCCCUCUCUGUAUUUUGGUUUCAUCUAUAAGUUAACCUAAGUAAUUACAACCUUUUUGAAUACACUUGGUUAAAAAAAGACUUAUCGUCACCCACGAUGCAAACGAAUCAGAGCUUAAACAGGACGGUCGACCGCUUGUUACCACCGAAACAUCCGACACAUAAUCAAAGACUAGAACGACCAGGUGACAUGAAAUUCAUGCAAUUUCUAUCUGCGUACCCUGAUAAUAAAGCGCAGCUAGUAAACGGUAUGAUCAUGAUUCCCAUCCCCCCAGAAGACGCGAAAGCGCUUGGUCUUCGCGUACCAGACUCCGACAAUUUCUCCAUGAAACCGAACUCGACGUCGUCCAGGAGCUCCGCUGAGUUGUCCAGUUCGAGGUCACGCAGGAAACGAUCGAACGACGAUACGAAAUCGAAGCGGGAUCAGAAACGUCACCACAAUACCGAGGUGAAACUCACGAAGAAGCUUCUUGACCUUAAGCAAGAGCAAAAAGCUCAGCGAGCUCCCACGUUGGAGAGGCUGACCAAUUUCCAAGCGAAAUUGGAACGCGGAUUGAAAAAUAUCUCGCAUAAAACUAAAGUACGGCCGAAGGCGAAUUCGUACGGCGAAAAGGACUCGGACGUUUUGCAAUCGAACGCGCCGCGGCGGCGUCUUUUGGCCGCCGGCAAACAGAAAAAGAGCUCGAGUUCGUCUCACGACGAAAAGCCGGGAAAGCUUAAGAAAGAGUCGAGCUCGAAAUCCACGAGACAAUUGUUCAGCACGGCUGAAUCGUGGAGCAACGACUCUGUGGUCAGUCAUUCGGACAACUGUGCCUGCUGUCACAGCCGGGAACCCUGCCCCUUUCACGGCAAUGAAUUCUUCGGUAUAAAAUGAAGAUUACGCGGUCGUCUAAAAACCAUUCGAACUAAUACGCGUAAAUUGAUUGAAACUAACGCGUCGGAAUACAUAUUAUAUAUAGGAUGUCUGAGGUAUUUUUGAAUUGGAAAGCUGAAAAGGAUUAUAAAUUACGCGAUGCAUUUUAUUGUAUUUUCAGAACUAAUGGAAAUAUAAAAGGAAGAAUUUUUAUGAUAUGUGAUCGAUUUUUUUAAAAGGGGAAUCUCAAAUUCUUAUCUUUCGUGAUUAUUUUAAUAACGUUUUACAAAAUGUCAUUUUUAUUCGUCAUCGAUUUUAUCAAGCAUGCCAUUGUAAUUAAAAAUAUAGCAGGUACACGAUUUAAAAUUGGUCUUAUAAGACUUUAUUUUAUUGAAAUACCUGAUGUUUCUUUAAAUUUUAAAAUUUUUGUCAAGGUAUUCAAUAAAGGAAUUGCUGUCCUAACUUAUGUGCUUCCUUGGUUUAAAAUAUCUUGGAAAUAGUAGCUUUAUUUUAUGCAUUAAGAAAUUUGGAGAAAUUAACUGAAGAGAAAUAAUAUAAAUAAACGAAUCAUAUAAUUAGGACACGAAACGUCAUGAAAGAUUUAUUAACGAGUUCUCUCCAUAUUAUUUAUGGCAUUAUCAGGUAGAUGAAAGUAACUAUCUUAAACAAAUCCGAAAGAAGUUCGAGAUAGAUACGAUUAUUAGAAAUAUAAAUAUUUAGAGCUGCCACAAAUUUCGUACUUUACUGCACCACAUUUCCAUUCUUCUCAUCUAAAAUAAUAGGAUAAAAUGCCGAGUUUUGUGUAAGUAUUUAUAAAUAGGGAAAGAAAGUUUGUUUCUACCAUCCUUUCUCUAAUAUUGCAUUGUUUUGGUAUGCAUAUGAAUCUCGAGAAAACGAGAUAAAUCAGAAAACGCAGAGUCACUAAUGAUACGUAUGCGUGCAUCCGACUUCCUUAACUUGCAUAAGUACACCAUUAUCCGCAAAUCGCAGAACAAAAUUUCUCUCGUACCAGCUAGGAAAAGGAAAUGGCUGCCACUUUUAUGCAGAUUGUCUUUCUACAGACCGUAGUUUGUAUACGUGUGCAGCACAGAAGAAAUUUAAGUCUCUUUAAUGCUUCUUAAACUGGUUCUCUGUUUUUACUUAGUCAGAAAUGUCGUCAACGAUUAAUACAAGGAGAAUGCUUAUUAAAACCGAG